GAACUCUGCUAGCAGGUUGGCUGGACUGCUAGACUACUGACACGGACGUCGAACGCAAGAGAAAAUAACACCAUACCAUUCAUCUGAUUGCAAAAAUUUCUUGCUCUGUCUCCUCUGUGCUCUUGCUCUGAGUCUCGUGAAGCGCAAGUUGUGUAGCUGGUCUCGGAAGAAAAAUUGAAUUUUCCGCUAGUUCGUGCAGUGCGAUUUGCUGAACCGUGGUCGCGUUCGACGGUACAAGAUAUUUCGAACGGAGGAGAGAGCAGCAUCAGCAGAGGCGGCAGUCCCCACGAUAGCCAGGAACCGCAACGUGCGUGUGUGGUGUACGGACCCGUGAGUCGUGUGUGCGCGUGUGUGCGUCGUGAAUGGUUGGCUGUGCGGCGGAGCACAGCACACGCCUCACGCGUCUCACUACGCUAGUGGUUAUCCGGGUGAUGCUGGCCGGUUGAAAGAGUGCACGCGAGGUAAACACCCAAGCGGAGGAGGUAGUGAAUUUGUGCGCGGUUUUGUGUCCGAGGGAGUGUUAGCAUGUUGAUCAAUAUACACUAUCGUGUAUUUCCUACCGAACAGUGAAUGCAUAGCAACCAAUAGACUGUGGUGUGAUCAAUAAGUGGAAAGUACUUCACACGGAAGAAACAUCCGAACCAAAAAAAACGGAGCAUCUACGUGAGGGCGGGACGACGAAGUCGACGGGUGGUGGCCAGUCAUUGGACUAGGAAAGACGGAUUCUGUUAAACAAUCGCACCUCAGUUAGACUGGCUCGGAACGGUGAAGCACGGGGGGCAGAGUCUCCCGAUACGUCACCGGAAGGCGGAGCCACCUGCUGGUGGGCCCCCUGGUCAGCGAUGGGUUGCUUCGGAUCGGCCGGAUCGAAACAGUCGGACUCGAACAGUUCCGAGGACACAAAAAGCCAGAAACGACGAAGCGAUGCCAUCACGCGACAGCUGCAAAAAGAUAAACAGGUUUACAGAGCCACCCAUAGACUGUUACUGUUGGGCGCCGGUGAAUCCGGCAAGUCAACAAUCGUAAAACAAAUGAGAAUAUUGCAUGUUAAUGGGUUUUCCGACACAGAGAGGAAACAGAAAAUAGAGGAUAUCAAAAAGAAUAUCAGAGAUGCCAUAUUGACAAUUACCGGUGCAAUGAGCACACUAACACCUCCUAUUCCAUUAGAAAAGCCAGACAACCAGGCGAGGGUAGACUAUAUUCAGGAUUAUGCUUCAGGUCCUGACUUCAAUUAUCCACCGGAGUUCUACGAGAAUACAGAGGAACUGUGGAAAGAUCGCGGUGUUCAGCAGACCUACGAGCGAUCGAAUGAAUACCAAUUAAUUGAUUGUGCUAAAUACUUUUUGGAUCGAGUUAGUGAAAUCAAGCAGCCUAAUUAUACUCCAACCGAGCAGGAUAUACUGAGAUGUCGUGUCUUAACGUCGGGUAUAUUCGAAACUAGGUUUCAAGUUGAUAAGGUUAAUUUUCACAUGUUCGACGUUGGCGGUCAGCGGGACGAACGGCGUAAGUGGAUCCAGUGUUUUAACGAUGUCACUGCAAUCAUUUUCGUGACGGCGUGUUCUAGUUAUAAUAUGGUCCUGCGAGAGGAUCCCACGCAAAACCGGCUGAGAGAAUCGCUGGAACUUUUCAAAAGUAUUUGGAACAAUAGAUGGUUACGAACAAUAUCAGUUAUAUUGUUUCUGAACAAGCAAGAUUUGUUGGCUGAAAAAAUCAAAGCUGGCAAGAGCAAACUUUCCGACUACUUUAGUGAGUUCAAUCGUUACCAGACGCCGGCCGACGCCGUUUGUGAGAUGGGAGAAGAACCCGAGGUGAUUAGGGCAAAAUAUUUCAUUCGAGAUGAAUUUUUGCGUAUAUCGACAGCCAGUGGAGACGGAAAGCAUUACUGCUAUCCGCACUUUACAUGUGCGGUGGACACAGAAAACAUCAAAAGAGUUUUCAACGAUUGUCGAGACAUCAUCCAGCGGAUGCAUCUGCGGCAAUACGAGCUGUUAUAGAUAUACUUAACCCUUUCGAUGCAACCUGGUCGUCUCAUUUUAGUUGUGUCUACCGUAAAAAUAUCAAAUCUAGCCAAACUUUACUAAUUUUAUAAUAAAAACGAAUAUUGAUUAAUUAUUAAUCAAAAACAAAAAAAACAGAAACCUAUACAGACUAAACAAGUAAACAUGAAUAACCGCAGAAUAAACAAAAAGCAAGCAUAAGACGAAAACGCGGUCCGUAAGUGAUUUGCGUAUGAAAAUCACGCAUACACACUCGUUCAAACAAUCGCAUCAAAGAUGGAUGAAAUAUCGCGCCGUAUCGUAGCUCUUUGCGUCGCGUAUUUUCCACCAACAAACCGAUAAAAAAACAAAUCACGUUGAUUAACUGACUUCGGCGGAUCUAAGAUGGCGUCGGACACUCGGUUGCGAUACUGAUUAUUAAAAUCUGUAGUCAAGAAUCAAAUCACAACCUAUAUGCACACAAAAAAGUAACGUUAAGAUAUCAUCUACCACUAGUAAUGCAGAUAGGAUAACAUCCUGAUACCAAUAACGUCGAAUGAGACAUUCGGCGGAUGAAAUUGAUGAUAACCGAAACAACAGCAACAACAUACCACACAGUAGUCGUCGUCGUUACUAUUUAAUUACUAAUGCAAAGCAAAUAUGAAAGAGCGAAAGAUUAAAAGGACGGACGAACUUUGAUAGCAAGAGGAAAUUUAUGAUCGGAGUGUUUAUACAUGUGAAAAGUGUAUGGAAGAGAUAGCAAUGAUUCACCGCCAUAUAAAAUUUAAACAAAUCAACUGUUAAAGCAGAAACACACACACAAACAAAAAAAUGCUUAUAGUCCUUUCAGUGAAUACACAAAGUAAUGAAGAUAAAAGAGAAACCUAUGUGUGUCGUGUAAGCAUAACUAGUGAAAUACAAAGAAAAGAAAAUGUCGUUGUCAUGAUAUAGAGAAUGUGACGAAUCAAGAAACCCAAGUCUUAGUGGUCUGUGAGCUGUUUUUUCUACUUUUCUUUCUGAAUAAUUUUAGUUUUUUGAUGGAAGGGUAGUGAAUAUUAGAGGUUAACUUCCGACACACAAACACAUACACACAUAUAAACAAAACAUACACAUUGAACGUGAAUGCAGCUAGCGUAGAGUCACUUCAUAAAAUAGUACAGAAAACGACAGAGCACGAGAAAAAAAUGUGAGGUAGGUCAUCGUAGUAGAAAGGAUUUAUUGUUACUAGAGCAGUGUUUUUUUUUUGUUUAGGAGAAUGUCGCUUCUAAAUUCGUCCAAAAAUGAUUAUGCACUAUUGUUGUAGAACUAUUUUCCAGUAUUUUUAAUUAUCGUAAUCUGUAUACACAUUUUAUUGAAUAACGAUAUAUUAUAUAUAUUUUUGUUUUAGAAAAUUUUAUCUUCCUUGUUGAAUCCGCUUUAAAGAAAAAGAGAAAGAAAAAUAUGAGAAGUGUUUUAUUUUUUAUUUACGUAUUUAAUAAUUUAUAAUGUAGAUGUUUUAUGUUCAUCCUGUGACAUACGAUAGUGAAGGGAAUUACAAACAAUUGCAAAUGAAAGAAGUAUAUGAAAAAACAGAAAAAACUAAAGUAGGUUAAUUUUUUAAUUAGCCGCUUCUGAAACGAACGAAGAAAAAAAACAUGCAGAAACAAUCAACAACACUUUGCUGUUCUAAGAUGAAUGGCAAACAGAAAUAAAUGGUAGAGAGCAUUGACUAUAAAGAAUGUUUCUGACAGAGUUAUGUGUAGCCUAGAAAACUUUUCAAAAGUACACGGAUCUGAAUCUCGGAACCGGCAGAUUAGACAAAUACAUACUGAAAUACAUGUGAAACCACUUGUAUUAAAAGAAAACAAUACAAUGCAGUGUGUGCUGCAAUUUCGACGCAAAGCGCAUUUCAUUAUCUUUAAUGCAUAGUUUUCCAACAUACGUUGAAGCGAAAUAAUUUUCAUUCAUUUGCGAAAUAAUAAGCGAAUCACGACAAUGGCACAGUCAGUCUUUUAAAGGUUCUUUGCGUGCGUUACAUUGGCCAGCUUGGGUAAACAAACGCGUAACACAUCAACCUGUUUCUCAUAAUUAAAUCGUUCAUUGCAUUUAUUGUUCUUAUCAUGUCGUUACCAAACUACAUCAUUGAUUUGAAUCAUUCCAUCGACUCAUCAACAGAGGGAUAAUCAGCGAGAGACAACAGACGUGUAUUUCCAGUUUUCGGCUACUGAUUCCACUCGCUCGACCAAUUUCUGAUCAUCGCUACGUGCUGGGGUUUUGAAAAGAACUCGGAUAUGAACGAGGAUUCCUUAGACCGAUCUGGAUUUUGAUUUCAUUGAGCCUUUUGUAUGAUCUGCUUUGUAUAAGCCCAUGAAGGGCUUUCAAAUCUGUAUAAGCACGUUUUUAAAGAUCAUUGGGUUUGCAUAUAACUUUUCAUCCAAGGACACUAGAGUUAAAAAAAAACUUAUGUUGAAGGGACUUAUGUACUACCACCUACACCACGUAGAGUUAAAGGUAGAUAUUUUAAAUCAAAAUUAAACAUAAAACGACCUGCAUCUCUUCUGGAUCUAUUAUGCUUUAUUGAAAAUAUAUAUUCGCGAUCAAUAAAACUUCACAGGUGUCCAAAAACAAAAAAAAUACUGUCUACUGUCAGAAACAAAAAAAAUCAUGUCUGUUUGUCUCUCGUACAAAUAUGUGUUGUGAAAAAAUAAAAUCCACAUAUUAACAACAUUCUAUUACUCUGCUCGAAGCUUACAUCACAUGCAACAUUGAAACUUCAAAGAUGUCGAAAUGAAAACAUAUUUAGUUCAAACAAGUUAAGAACAAGGUUGAUAGAGUACCAUCAAUGGCCGGAUGCCCUCCACCUCGCAGUUUCAAUCAAAUAUAUCUAGCUGAACAUAUAAUUCGAGGCUUGCGUACUCAUAUCCUGUUAUAUUACAGUUCUCAUAAUUGAAAGGAUCACAAGAAACGUGCCCAACAUUUUGUGAGGUGAAUUCAUUAUGCGUAAACAAAUGUACGCCGCCAACCUUUACCUUAAUCAUCGCAAUUCGCUGAUACUGUGUCAUAUAAAUCAUUGGUAAAGUGUAUGCAUAGGAGAAAAAACUGUAGUACCAUGUUGCAAUAUUUUAUUUUAACCUUUUGUGUUAUACUAGUUUUAGUUAUCAAAGUAAUCACCAAUGAAAGUCUCGCAUUCUGGCAGAAUUUUUUUUUGCUUUGGUAAAUUGAGCCUCACACCUAUACAAUCAAGACACAAAGCUUCGCAAAAUAUCCAUCCACACGCAUACAUACACUUAUACGCAUACGGAUCUAUGUAAUACAAUAAAACGAGUGGCAGAAUGUGCUGAAGAUCCGGUCAAGGAAUGUGCAGAAUGUGUUAAACGUUAGAGAUUGUUAUUUAUUUUUGCCUGCUAACGCCAAUCACAUGAAAACUCCAUUCUUCUGCAUCUUACUAAAACCACCCACUUCGAAGUCCAGAUUAGAUUUUACUGUUAACUAUUAUGCGUAUUUUUUUUUAAACUAGAAGAAGCAGAUAGUGAAAGCGCUUGGAAUGAAAACAAAAUAAAACGAACAAAUACAAAUCAAGUUACAGUGAGAAUUUGUUCCAGUGUUUGGUAGAUUUGCCGUAAAUUUCAAGUGCCGUUCAGAUUAGUUUAGGCAAAAUUUCAUGAAAUGAAAUUUAUGAAAUUCUGGUGAAACUACCAAAAACAAUGAUAAAUUCGCAUUGUAAAAAAAAAACAAUAUGAGAAACACAUCAUACACAAGUGGAAACAAAGAAAACACAGAGAAGGAAAGUAAACGUGUAUAAGUCUUUUAUAUAGUUGUAUAGAAUAUAUAUGAAGAAAGAAAACGAUACAAAAAUAAGAGGACAAAAUAGUCAUACCUGUAGAGAUGAAAUGAGAGAUACAAAAUCGCACAAACAGAAGAGGAAAUUCUAUUAAAAAAAUGUGGAAAUAAAGCAAACAGAAUUGUGAAAAUAA